AUGGUUAGUUGUGUUUGCUAUGACAACAAAGUGUCUUCUUCUUACGCUUUGCCAGUACGUAACCGGAGAGAGCUUCACCAUAGUGGGCUGAGAAUGAUGGCUUACGCCAGGCAAGCGGGACUUUAUGGAACCAACAUCAGGCGCAGUCGCAGACGACAUUGUCCUAGUUGGAUAAAGAGACUUCUAAGAAGAUGUAGAUUGGAAAUUAUACCUGUAUACCAGAUUCGACUGAAGAUAAAACGACAAAUACCUGUCCCAAAACGCGCUUUUGCCAUGACAUUUACACAUAUCAUGAGGGGAAUCAUUUCUAUAUAUGCUCUCCUGACAGGAUGCAUAGUUCAAAAAGUUUGUGAGUGUUUCUUUGGAAAAGAGUUUUUAUUCGGGACAUUCUCACUAAAUGAAACAGAAAAUCAAUCAUUUAUCAUCUUAAAUCCCUCCGAAGACAAAAUAGCAACUGUUAACAUUACUAGGCAAGGCGUUUCUACUGUUGAACACGUUCUACAGAAAGAAUCCUUUUAUGUAAAUGGAUUAGCAAGCAAUGAUUCUAUUUUAGUGCGUUCGAACGAAUAUGUUUCACUUCAAGGGUUAUUUGGUAAUAACAAUAUUCAUUACACCAUACUUCCAAUUUCAUCCCUUGGAACAAAUUACAUUUUGGUCUAUGGAGUAAAUUUCAAUGCUUCGGAAACUAUUUGUAGUAUAACAGCGCUUCGAAAUCAGACAUCUAUAGAAAUCAAAAUGUCCGAUAAAGGAACAUUUCCUAACUCAACGUCCUUCCCCUCAGAUUAUAUCCAGACGAUGACCCACAUGGAAAAUAUUCAGAUUCAGAAUCUGCAAGGUUUAUACAAUGUCUCAAUAACGGCUUCUGCGUUGAUAUCCGUCGUGUGCGGCGAAAAGGAUCGAGUCAACAAUAUCCGUGUACACCUGCCACCCAUUGACCUCUGUAUUAUGACGUCAUAUGACGUCCCUUGCUUUGACAUAAGCAAAGUCCCUCCAGGAGAGGUACAUGUUAGGAUCAUUAAGAUAUAUCCACUUUACCAAGACGCCACGGAUAUAUACAUCGACGGGUCACGUGAUAAUAAGACUAACCAGGAGAAAUCCAUGAAUAAGUCUUUUAGAAUAACUGCCAAUAAUCCAUUUUGUGUCCGAUCUCACAUUCGAAAGUGGAAAUAUGGAGCUUUGACUUUUUAUAAUGACGAUUUUCAAAUCUCAAUCAAAGUCGAAAAUUCAACCACUUCUUGUUUUCAAUCACCGCAGGACCUCAAUGAUACACUUUCAGAGAACAACAAUACAAAAAAGUGUAUGUGUCCGUGCAAAGCGAAACCAGAAUGGCACAAUUUAACUGAUGUUGAGUUCUCUCGGUGGCUUCGGGGGUACAUAGUGGCGACUCGAAAGGAACUUGUUCUCGGGAAAAAAGAGCUAACAUCUUCAAAAAGACAAAAAAUCAGCGCCCCUGAUCCACGGAUCUCAGCAAAAAGCAUUGGAGUUGUGGGUGUCGUCAUUAUUUGUGGCCUAGUUUGCACAUUAAUAUCAUUUGAUUGUCCCAGGUUCUUAAAAAGUGUCAAAUUGUUGAAGGAAAAGUAUUUAACCAACCGACUGGCAAAAGAUAGGGACAUUUGAAAUAAUCGUAAAAUUAUUUGACAAUUUACAGAUAUUACAACAUAACAUAAGAGAGACACUAUCAUCAACUAUAAAAUGUUGUA